AUGAAGAACCUGGCCAUCUGCAUCGGCGUCGGCGCGGCGCUCGCGCUGGCGCCCCCGCCUGCGGGCGUGACGGUCAAGGCAUGGAACCUGCUCGCGAUCUUCACGGGCACGAUUGUGGGCAUCAUCACCACCCCCCUGCCCCUGGGCGCGGUGGCGGUGCUGGGCCUGGGCGUGUCGAUGCUGACCAAGACCCUCACCUUUGCCGAGGCCUUCAGCGCCUUCGCCACCGAGAUCCCGUGA